GGGCCGAGGCAAGUUGACGGUAUUUUCAGUUAAAGCUAUGUUAGCAACCAUGUGUGGUGGAAAAAUGCUGGACAAAUUGAGAUAUGUUUUCUCCCAGAUGUCAGAUUCCAAUGGCUUAAUGAUAUUUAGCAAGUUUGACCAGUUUCUGAAGGAAGUUCUGAAGCUCCCAACAGCUGUCUUUGAAGGGCCAUCUUUUGGUUACACAGAGCACUCAGUCCGCACCUGUUUCCCACAGCAGAAAAAGAUAAUGCUAAAUAUGUUUUUAGACACAAUGAUGGCCGACCCCCCUCCCCAGUGCCUUGUCUGGCUACCUCUCAUGCACAGGCUUGCCCACGUUGAGAAUGUCUUCCAUCCUGUGGAGUGCUCCUAUUGCCGGUGUGAGAGUAUGAUGGGUUUCCGGUACCGAUGCCAGCAGUGCCACAACUACCAACUCUGCCAGAAUUGCUUUUGGCGUGGCCAUGCCAGUGGCCCUCACAGCAACCAGCACCAAAUGAAGGAGCAUUCCUCUUGGAUGGCCACCAGAGCUGCACUGGAGAGUGUAGAUCCUACUUCCAUGUGUGGGAAAGAUCAGUGGGUUCUCUGUGACCCAGGAUUGUGAAUUGCUUAUCUGUUU